CUGCUACAGUGAGAUUAUCCAAGUAAAGACCUCCACCAGGACCAAGCUGACCAUAUACACCCUACUCAUCCCAAGAACAUACGCUAGGCCAACUUAACGUGGGCCAGUUGUGUUUACUUCGCGAGAAGCAGAGCACGGAAGAACAGGAAACCUGUGAGGCACCAUGCAAAAGAGUACAAAAGUGAAGAUCACAUUUGUGGUCAUCCUGAUAGGCAUAGUGUGUAUGUUCACAGCCGUGGUGACGGAUCAUUGGGCUGUGUUAAGCCACAAAGUGGACAGUGUAAACAGUACUUGUGAGGCAGCCCAUUUCGGCUUGUGGAGGCUCUGCAAGAAGCACAUUUACAUCGAGGAUCCAGAAACUUUGGGGAAAGGAUGUGGACCGCUCAGUCUGCCAGGAUACGUCAACUGCUCCUACUUCAGACACUUCACUCCUGGACAAGACUCUGAAAUAUUUGAGGUUAAAACUCAGAGAGAGUACAACAUCUCAGCAGCAGCCAUUGCUGUUUUCAGCCUGGCCUUCAUUAUUCUGGGAACUCUGUGCAUUCUGGGAUCUCUAAGGAAAGGCAAGGAGUAUCUCUACAAACCUGCUGGAAUGUUUUAUGCAUUUGCUGGUAUAUGUGCCAUCAUUUCAGUGGAGGUGAUGAGGCAGUCAGUAAUGAGGAUGAUUGAGAGUGAGGACACCAUCUGGAUUGAGUAUUACUACUCCUGGUCCUUUGCCUGUGCCUGCAUAGCUUUCGUCUUCCUCUUCCUCAGUGGGAUUGCUCUCCUUCUCCUCUCCAUGCCCCAGAUGCCUAAGAACCCAUGGGAGACCUGCAUGGAUGCUGAACCUGAACAAAUUGAAUAAAAUCAGGACGUGUUUAAAUUGUCAGUGUUCUGUUAGCCAUUACAAUUGCUGCAUGGAAACAUGGGACUGAAACAAACAACUGAUUUUGAGUUUCAUAUUGUUUUUGGAGACACCAGUAUCUUAUUUUGAUAUUAUUUUACUUGGGGCAUGGCUGGAGGGAUUUCGGGUUUGAACCUCCCUGAAAUAUUUGAUGACAGUUCCAUUUUAUGAUGCUUAACAUAAUGGAACGGAUAUGUUUUGCACUGUAAAUGUGCAAAAUUAUGCUCAUAAAAGCUGUCCAUAUCUACUGUCAAAUGAACGUUUGGUUUAAUUAUAUUUUAUUGGCUACCAGUUGCUAAACAAGCUUAACAAAGCAGGAUCAGGCAUUUUUGCCUCUGUUUAUUUGUUUGUUUGUUUGUUUGUCUGUUCCCAACAUAACUCAAAAAGUAAUGAACAGAUUUUGAUGAAAUUUUGAGGAAAGGCAAGAAAUGGGCAAAGGAACAAUUGAUUAGAUAUUGGUGCAAAUCCAGAUAUGUAUGUGGAUCCAGGAUUUUUUUUUUUUUGGUCUGUUCCCAAUGUAACUCAAAAAGUAGUGAAUGGAUUUUGAUGAAAUUUGGAGGAAAAGUGGGUCAUGGGCCAAGGAACAAUUGAUUGGAUUGUGAUGCAAAUCCAAGUAUGUGCCUUGGCAGAGGUGUGCACUCUACCAAGUGCCCUUCUAGUUCCUGUUUGUGUUUGAAAGCUACCAGACAGCUAGCUAUACUAUACUCAAAGUGUAGCAAUAGCAAAGUGUCAGCUGAUGAAGUCUACUACAGGUGGAGAAAAUGUACAGAUUAAAAGUAAAGAUAAAUUUUAUUUUUCACUCUAUUACUAUCAUUUCAUUUUAAUCAUAUUUUAGUAGAAAUGUCUCAUCUCAUUAUCUCUAGCCGCUUUAUCCUUCUACAGGGUCGCAGGCAAGCUGGAGCCUAUCCCGGCUGACUACGGGCGAAAGGCGGGGUACACCCUGGACAAGUCGCCAGGUCAUCACAGGGCUGACACAUAGACACAGACAACCAUUCACACUCAC